UGCGGUAACAUGUUCUCCCAGAAGACAGGCCUCUCUGUACAUGAGACAAUUCUUGCCACAGAUAAGCCUUAUACGUGUUCAGAAUGUGAAAGAACCUUCUCCCACAAGUCACAUCUCAUUGAGCAUCAUAGAUCUCAUACAGGAGAGAAGCCCUAUGGAUGCAGAGAAUGUGGGAAAGCUUUCUCCCGAAAGUCGUGCCUCAUUAUACAUUAUAGAAUCCACACAGGAGAGAAGCCAUAUGGAUGCAGUGAAUGUGGGAAAGCCUUUUUUCAGAAGUCACACCUCAUUCUACAUCAGAGGACUCACACAGGAGAGAAACCCUAUCGGUGCCGUGACUGCGGAAAAUCUUUCUCCCAGAACUCCUGCCUUAUUAUUCACCAGAGAACUCAUAUGGGAAAGAAACCCUAUGAAUGCUCUGACUGUGGGAAAACAUUUUCCCAGAAGGCAAAUCUCAUUAGACAUUCUAGAAUUCACACUAGAGAGAAACAGUAUAGAUAAAGUGAGAGAAAAAGUUUCCAUCAGAGAGCCACAGCGCAUCUGGAAAUAAAAACCUAUGGAUAUUCUGGAUGUGGAAGAGCCUUCAGGAAGCAACCCAGUGCUACUGUCUACAGAGAUCCGUACUCAGAAGAAAUUCUACCAAUUUAGUGAAUUUAGAAAAGCGUGCUUUCUUCACACUAAUGGUAGGGUAAUGAUGCUCUAACGUGAUAUAUUUUCAUAGUAUAUACUUAAUUAUAGAGUAUUUAUAUUCACUACGUUUACUUUGCUUUUUAAUAUGUGAACCAAUUAAAUCAUUAAGACAAUAUGUCUAGUAAACCUCAGAAUAAUUCCGGAGACAUAUAGGGGUUGCUACAUGUCAUGUAUGCUACAUAAAGAUAAUAUAUAUCUU